AUUGACCCGACCCGAAAUGGAGGCCCAAUACCGGAACCACGACGGAGACACCUCUUUCUCUAGCCUCCGUGUCUACCUCAACUCUCUCUCCGACACUCCCUCCCGUUUUUCCCGCCGAGCCGUUUCCGUUUCCACCUCUUACGACGAGAUGAGCCGCGUCCGCGCCGUCUCCGGCGAGCAGAUGCGUCGUACUCUCCGUUGGUACGAUCUCAUCGGACUCGGAAUCGGUGGAAUGAUCGGAGCCGGAGUCUUCGUCACCACCGGCCGUGCUAGUCGUCUCUACGCUGGUCCAUCAAUCGUCGUCUCUUACGCAAUCGCCGGACUCUGUGCUCUACUCUCCGCCUUCUGUUACACCGAGUUCGCCGUUCACCUCCCCGUCGCCGGCGGUGCUUUCAGCUACAUCCGUAUCACAUUCGGCGAGUUUCCGGCGUUUAUAACCGGAGCAAAUCUGAUAAUGGACUACGUACUGUCAAACGCCGCCGUUUCAAGAGGAUUCACCGCUUAUCUCGGAUCUGCAUUCGGAAUCUCAACAUCGGAGUGGAGAUUCAUCGUCUCCGGUCUCCCAAACGGAUUCAACGAAAUCGAUCCCAUCGCCGUUAUCGUCGUCCUCGCCGUCACGUUCGUCAUCUGUUACAGUACGAGAGAGAGUUCGAAGGUGAAUAUGGUAUUAACGGCGUUACACAUUGCAUUUAUAGUAUUCGUGAUCGUCAUGGGUUUCUCGAAAGGAGACGUAAAGAAUUUAACCCGACCCGAUAACCCGGAAAACCCAUCCGGAUUCUUCCCGUUUGGAGUUUCGGGUGUGUUUAACGGAGCAGCAAUGGUUUAUCUAAGUUACAUAGGAUACGACGCCGUUUCGACAAUGGCUGAAGAAGUAAAAGACCCAGUCAAAGACAUACCAAUGGGAAUCUCUGGCUCAGUCGCAAUCGUCAUUGUACUUUACUGUUUAAUGGCUAUCUCUAUGUCAAUGCUUCUCCCGUACGAUCUGAUAGAUGCGGAGGCACCGUAUUCGGCGGCGUUUAGUAAAUCGGAAGGAUGGGAAUGGGUGACGAGAGUGGUUGGGAUUGGAGCAAGUUUCGGGAUAUUAACGUCGUUGAUAGUAGCCAUGUUGGGUCAGGCUCGGUACAUGUGCGUCAUCGGACGGUCAAGAGUUGUCCCCAUUUGGUUUGCUAAGGUUCAUCCCAAGACAUCUACUCCAGUCAACGCUUCCGCUUUUCUUGGAAUCUUCACGGCGGUUCUCGCCCUCUUCACCGACCUAAACGUCCUCCUAAACCUAGUCUCCAUCGGAACGCUCUUCGUCUUCUAUAUGGUCGCAAACGCUGUUAUAUUUCGCCGUUACGUAACGGUCGGAUACACGGAGCCAUGGCCAACACUCUCCUUCCUCUGCCUAUUCUCCAUAACCUCAAUUUUGUUUACCUUGGUCUGGCAACUUGCACCGUCGGGCCCACCUAAAUGGUUCAUACUUGGAGCUAGCACGGUCACGGCUAUAGCCAUCGUCCAGAUAUUCCAUUGUGUUGUACCUCAAGCUAGGAUCCCUGAGUUUUGGGGUGUACCGUUGAUGCCGUGGACUCCAUGCGUUUCGAUAUUUUUGAACAUUUUCUUGCUUGGAUCAUUGGAUGCUCCUUCGUAUAUCAGAUUCGGGUUCUUCUCGGGAUUAGUGGUGCUCGUGUAUGUGUUUUAUAGUGUUCAUGCAAGCUAUGAUGCUGAAGGAGACGGGUCUCUUGAUUUCAAAGACGUGGAAAGCCUUGAAAGAAUUAACAGAGUGUUGAGUUAAUUAAUAAACAGAACUUGGUGACAAUUUGACCAAAAGGAAAAAAAUCUUGGUGACAUGCAAUUUUGUCUAUCUGAACAAAAACAAAACGAAUUUGUCAUUUUGUGUUGGACAAUUAGAGGAGCCUAGACUAGAGAGAGUAGAGGUUGAUGUAAUGUUUACAGAAGCUAGUGAAGUCCAU